CGAUUGCAAUACAGUGCAAAUCUAUUGGUGCAACAAGUAACCAAGCAGUGCAAAAAAUAAACCAAACAAAAUAAAUAAAAAUAAAAAAUGAAAAUCGCGGCAACGGUAGUAUUUUUCAUUAUCCUCUCAGCGGCAAAAGGCGAGCAAUCUGAUGGCAGCGAGGAAUGCACAAAUGCCUGCCCGAAAAUCUUCGAUCCUGUUUGUGCGGUCUACGAUGGCGUACUAGGCGGAAAAAAGGAGUCUGGCAGUGAGGCAGGCGGCACAGCCGUAUAUCGCUACUUUCACAAUGAUUGUCUACGGCGUUAUGCAAGUUGCAGCACAGGCACAGUUUGGCGCAUCACAUCCCUGUCGUCUUGUCUACAGCAUAUCGAUCCUUUGUUACGCCAACAAUGUUUGCGUCCUUGUCCCUUCAUUUACGAACCGAUUUGUGCUUCGAAUGGCAAAGUUAAAGAAAUUUUCGGUAAUAGCUGCGUUUUAGCUGUGGAGAAUUGCCUCUCUGUUGAUGCAUGGACUGUGGCAGAAGACAGUGAAUGCGGACUGGACAAGUUGUAACCGAACGUAUUUUAAAAUGCGGUUCUGUUUGAAUUAAAAAUGAUGGAAUAUUCCCCCGACACAAUAAAAAACUUCUACAAAAGCAUCUAGCAUUGCAAAAAAAAAAAAAACAAAAAAAAAA